AUGCGCGCUUUACUUGGGCGAAAGAAGAAUGGGGUGGUCGCGAUCAUUGGUUCUAUAGCUGGUUACACGAAGCACUACGCCGCCCCGAUCUACUCUGCCACAAAACACGCCAUUGUUGGUUUUACUCGCAGCAUGGGAGACGCCGAGCAGCUUCAGGGUGUCAAGGUCGUAGCUAUCUGUCCCGGCAUUGUCAUGACGCCCAUCUGGACGCCCAGCACCAAGGCUCGGUUUGGCGUCACAGACGAGGUCUCUCUGAAGGCGGAUGCGGUGGCUGCCGCAAUCAGUGAGGCGAUUGAGUCGCCAGACAUACCCGGCGGCACCAUCCUUGAAAUCUCCCUCGGCAGCAAGCGAAUUAUUCCGGAGUGGGGCAUUGCGCCACCUGCCGGCACAGGAGACGACGGGGAGCCGAGCAAGGGCACAGCCGUGCCGCCAGAGGCUGUCCAACGAGCACUAAGGCCUAUCAUCGAGAUCACUGAAGCCGAGCGAGGUAGGCUGCUGAAGCGAAUGGCAUCGUUGUAG